AUGUCGAGCAGAAACCCAGGAUCGAUAACCCAAGAUUGGGACACCGUGGUGCUCCACAAAUCCAAGCCCAAAACCCAAGACCUCCGCGACCCCAAGGCCGUGAACCAAGCUCUCCGAUCUGGCGCUCAGGUCCAGACCGUUAAGAAAUUCGACGCCGGUUCAAACAAAAGAACUCCAUCCACCGCCGUGAACGCACGAAAGCUCGAUGAGGCCGGCGAACCGGCGGCGUUGGACCGGGUUUCAGCGGAGGUGAGACAGGCAAUACAGAAGGCGAGGAUCGAGAAGAAAUUGAGUCAGGCUGAGUUGGCUAAGCAGAUCAACGAACGGCCUCAGGUGGUUCAGGAGUAUGAAAAUGGGAAAGCUGUGCCGAACCAGGCAGUUUUGGCGAAGAUGGAGAGAGUUCUUGGCGUCAAGCUUAGAGGAUUGAAACACAAAUGA